GUUUCUUCCUGAAGAACGCGCAUCAUCAGCAGCAGCAGGAGGAGGAGGAGGAGGAGGAGGAGAGCAUCCUUCAUGAUUCUGCAUUAAAGCCGCACUCUAUAUCAACAAACCCCGGGCCUUCACGGAUCCAGCCGCAGCUCUGCGUGAACACCACACACUCAAUCAUGGAUAAUUCCGGGAAAGAGAAGGAAGCCAUGCAGCUGAUGGCAGAGGCGGACAAAAAAGUCAAAUCAUCAGGUUCAUUUCUCGGAGGGAUGUUCGGGGGAAAUCAUAAGGUUGAGGAUGCAUGUGAAAUGUAUGCCAGAGCUGCCAACAUGUUCAAGAUGGCCAAAAACUGGAGUGAGGCUAUCAACUGUUUAAACGCAGCCAUCGAUAUUUAUACAGACAUGGGAAGGUUCACGAUCGCUGCAAAGCAUCACAUGACUAUUGCAGAGAUCUAUGAAUCCGAGCUAGUGGAUAUCGAAAAGGCCAUCGCCCAUUACGAGCAGGCCGCAGACUAUUACAAAGGCGAAGAGUCAAACAGCUCUGCUAAUAAGUGUCUGCUGAAGGUGGGCUCGUACAGCGCUCAGCUCGAGCAGUAUCCCAAAGCCAUCGAGAUCUUUGAGCAGGUUGCAACCAGCACGAUGGACAACCCUCUGCUGAAAUACAACGCCAAAGAGUACUUCUGGAAAGCAGCUCUCUGCCACUUCAUAGUGGAUGAGUUAAACGCAAAGCUUGCCAUUGAAAAGUAUGAAGGGAUGUUUCCGGCAUUCUCUGAUUCAAGAGAGUGUAAGCUGUUGAAAAAACUGUUGGAGGCUCAUGAGGAGCAGAACAGUGAGGCGUUCACUGAAGCCGUGAAGGAGUUUGAUUCGAUCUCCCGUCUCGACCAAUGGCAGACCACCAUGUUGCUGCGCAUCAAGAAAACCAUCCAGGGUGAUGCCGGCGACCUCAAGUGAUGUGUCCGAGAAAAAUACUGUG